AGGGUUGUCACUUUCCAUCCUUCGUUGUUCUCCACGGGUGACGGACGUUGUGGCCGUCGUGAGGGAGAGGGUAGACGUCACAAUCGUGAGAGAGAGAGAGAGAGAGAGAGAGAGAGAGAGAGAGAGAGAGAGAGAGAGAGAGAGAGAGAGAGAUGCUGGACGUCGUGGCCGUCGUGAGGGAGAGGGUCGACAAGAAGGAGGUCGUCGUGCAGGAAACAAGGCUCGAACAAGGGAGCGAGCGCCACCGCCAAAUGGAUUGGGGCCCUGGCGUACAAAUCGACCAGACGCGUGUCUAUUACGCACUGCUGAACGGCUUGAUGGCCAUGCGGAUAGUGGCAUGGCUGGGCUACGACGGGGACAACAACCUCAUGGAGGUGGUUCUCUUGGUGCGGAAACUAUCCAAUGUUGUCCCCGACACGUGGCAAACGCCAAACCCUGAUGUCGUGGGCGACAUGGUGAGGUACCUCAUCUCCGCCAUCGUCGAGGAACAUGUGGCGGCCAUGGAUGCGAAUGCGUCGUUUAGUGCGGAAUUGGWCCCUCCCCUUCGCGGGAGGGGGUACCUUCAUGGCGCUGUCCGGAUGUGGUGCCCGGAGGAYGACAUCAGGRCYGCRUGUAACAGGUGGUGAGGUCGAGUCUUCGUACGCAGCGACAGGCGCAUGGAUGACACUAUUGAGGUGCCGCUAAAAUGGCCUUCCACGUGUGCAUGACGGGCGAUUAGUGGGGACCGUURAUGGAGGGGAGGAGGGUUGAUUGGAGCGGUUCGCGGACCUCCUAUCCUGUGCAURACGGGCGUGUGUGCACAUGUCUUCGCAGUGCGUCGAUGGAAAUUGGGUUUGRGUUCUUCCACAUGGACGAACCGGAGAUGGGUCAAUCCUUCCUGUCAAGGRAGCAAUCAAUGCCCAUCUCCRGU